CGGUGCGAACGCGACCAUUUUGCGGGGGGGAUCGGCGAGUCGGCGGCGACCGCGGCGGCAGAGCGGGGACCGGGGCCGGGGGGGGCCGCGCGGCCCACGCACAGUCACCGGGCGUCUCCCCACGGCGGGGCGCGGGCCGGCGGCGGCGCCUGAGGGGCGCAGAGGCGGCUCCGGAGGCGCGGCCUGAGGUGCUGGGCCCAGGGGCUCCCGCUCGCUCCGGGGAGGGGACGGGCGACGCCGAGCCCGCACUAGGCCACCGUUUAUUUUUCCCCUCAGCGCUGGGCGACGUUCCCCGGGCCGGGCCCGAACCGCCGGGGAAAAUGUCGAGGCCUGUCAGGAACAGGAAGGUGGUCGAUUACUCCCAGUUUCAGGAAUCAGAUGAUGCUGAUGAAGAUUAUGGAAGAGAUUCAGGUCCCCCAUCCAAGAAAAUCCGUUCGUCUCCCCGGGAGGCUAAAAAUAAGAGGCGAUCUGGGAAGAAUUCUCAGGAGGACAGUGAGGAUUCAGAAGAAAAAGAUGUGAAGACUAAGAAAGAUGAUUCACACUCGGCAGAUGAAGAUUUUGGCAGUGAAGAUGAUGACUUAGGAGCAGAUGAUGGCAAAGCUGACAGUGACUAUGAGAGCUCUCAAAAAAGCAAAAAAGGAAAAAAGGCUAAACCAGAAAAGAAUAAGAGAGCAGCCUCCAAAUCCAGGAAAAGGCCUGCAGAGGACAGUGAGGACGAGAAAGAAGACCACAAAAAUGUGCGUCAGCAACGACAGGCAGCAUCCAAAGCAGCUUCUAAACAACGAGAGAUGCUCAUGGAUGAUGUGGGUAGUGAGGAGGAAGAACAAGAGGAUGACGAGGCACAGUUCCAGGAGACAGAUUCAGGAAGCGAUGAAGACUUCCUCAUGGAAGAUGAUGAUGAUAGUGACUACGGCAGUUCAAAAAAGAAAAACAAAAAGGUCUCGAAGAAAUCCAAGCCAGAGAGGAAAGAAAAGAAAAUGCCGAAGCCCAGGCUAAAGGCUACAGUGACCCCCAGUCCAGUGAAAGGCAAAGGGAAGGCAGGCCGCCCCACAGCUUCCAAGGCAACAAAAGAAAAGACCCCAUCCCCCAAAGAAGAGGAUGAAGAGCCUGAAAGUCCCCCAGAAAAGAAAAAAUCAGCCAGCCCUCCACCAGAGAAGUCAGGGGAUGAGGGAUCUGAAGAUGAAGCACCCUCUGGUGAAGAUUAAAUGGCAGUUGAGGAAAUCUUUGUUUAAAAAAAAAAAAAAGAAAAAAAGAAAAAGGAAAAGAAAACAUACUUAGGGGUAGAACACGGUUUUGGCUGUGGCUUGACUCAUGGGCUUUGAAUGCUGUCUUUACUUUCAGCUGUUUAAUACAGUGUAUCCUUUUUUUAAUAAGAGGAAACCCUUAUACAGUAAUAUUUUGAAGUCAAUGUUCUCUGUUGGCCAUUCCGUUCUCCCUCCCCCACCAAAUCUGAAAGCCAUUUGAGACAAAUUAACAGACCAUUUAAAUAUAUAUUUUUUUCAAGGGAUACUGCAGUUGUGAAGCAAUAAGGUUUGAGACUGAUACGUGGAAACCAUACUUACAAAUCGUUAAGUAGACUAGAUUUCCCAGUGCUGGUAAGAGUUCUUUAAAACUAUUAUUCUGUAUUUGAAUAUGUGGGAAAAAUGAACCUAUGCUUUAACAGACUUGUUGAUACAAGGUCACUCUCAGAAAAAAUGUAGUUGAUGUGAAUUCCAAUUGAGGAAGAGGAAACAUGGGGAGGAAACCUGUGUUUCUUGGAUUCAGGCACAUUUUUCAUGGAAAGCAAUCAAGAGACUUGUAGAUGGUCUGCUGUCUUUUAUUUAGAAAAGACCCUCCAAUUAGGCUGCGAGAUCUUUUGUCUUUGCUGGAUAGAAUACUAUUCUGCUUUAGGCAAAUUGCAGUUCAUUCUAUACAAAUUCAGAUGUACAACCUACAAGCUUUUCACAUCCAUUAACUCUAUUUUAUUUCUUCCAAGGUUGGCUAUAGAUGGGCAGAAUAGGGAAGAGAAAUUGAAAGCAAUUUUUAAAACUCUGGUUUCCAUUUGGUAUUGUGGAAAAUGUCUUUCAAGUUUUUUCAAGAAAAAAAAAAUCAAUGGGUAGUGUAAAACUAAAUUCUUUAGCUUUUGGGGCGAGGGAUGUCCUUUUAUAAAUGUGAAGCAAAGGAUUCCUGUAAUGCUCUGGUCAGUCUCGGAUCCCAUGAGUCACGCUUAAGUGUUUCUCUUCUCUCCCUCCAUCUGUCCUCAGAAAGGCUGUGUAGUUCAUACCUCUCGGCCUCUCCAGCUGCAGUGUUGGACAGCAGACCUUCCAUCAAUAGUGAACGUCACCCCGAUACCACUUCCAUUUCUUCAUCCUUCCACCCUACAGUGUUGUGGGAGGCUUUGCUCCCACAUCGGCAUGUCUGCUUCUCACUGUUGGCCAUCAUUCUGCUCCCCAAGCCUCAGAAGUGCUGAAUAGGGAACAGUAUUAAAGGAUGAAGCUGGGAGGAGGUGGAGUUUGGAAGCAGUGUAGUAGGGCUAUCGUUUUAUAAUAAAAGCAGGAUGUCCCUCUAAAUGCAAGACACUUGAGAUGUGUGUGGUGGCAUUUUAAUGUGUUUUUAUCAAAGCAGCCAUAUCCUUUUCUAAACUUUAAUUAAAAAUACGCAAGCCUUGGUUUUCAAACCCUAAUACGGAGGUUGCUGCCAUGUUUGUUGGUGGAAAUAUUGAAAACUGGACCUGCCAUUUUUCUUUUUUUUCUUAAACCCUUUGUGCUUUCUGUAUGUUGCUCACAGUUAUCUUAUAGCUGACAAGCUUUGCAUCUUUUUUUUGUCACAGAACUACACGUUUUGUAACCAGCCUCUUGAAGGUAACAUAAGGCAGCUAAUUAGUUGGAUUUCUGGUGCACAUGCUACCAGAUCUUUAAUCCUGUUUGGAUUUUAGAGAGCUUACAGAUGUGAUACACUAAUAUGACCAGGAAGGACACUUGGCUGAAUGACAUAGGGAGCCUGAAGAUGCUGAGCAUAGUGUGGAGCCUAAAAUGUGGAACGGAAUAUUGAUAUAACAGCCGAGUGAUUGUCUUGUGUGAUUCAUAGCCAUGGAUUUUACUGAGGCUGGUAAAUUACCUUACCUUGGCUUAUAAAAAUUUAAGUUCUCUAACAUUCUUUACUAUAAUGAAACUACUGUUGCCAUUACAAUAAAGAUGAUCGGUGUUUCCAUUGUAAA